AUCAGUCGCGUUGACAGUUCUUUUUUUUAAUUCAGUCAUUGACAAUUGUAUAAUGCGAGUUUACUGACUGGAUUUUAUUACGAUGCUUGUGUAUGUUACGUGAAACAGUGAUCUACAGAAAUUGUUUUUAAAAUGACGGUGAAAAUUAUAUAUCUGUUGUUCCUGUUUUCCUUAGGACAAUGCUCCGUGAUCAUACCCGAGGAGCUACCAUCGCUGUUGUCCGUUGCUUAUUCAAAUAUUCCUCCUAUUAAAAAAGGUACCGAUUCACGAGUGGGUUUUGGAUUCGCGUUCGGUAAUCACGCCGACUUUCAGGUCAUGUUCGAACUGGGGCCGCAGACUAACACUAUGAAUCUCACUGGACAACCUUUCGGAACGGGGAACAACAAGCGACAAGCGCCGGCCUUGUCACCUCCGAAAAUUAAUAAAAAUAGGGAAAAGUUCCUACAAAGUGACGCUGGAAAAUAUUUACAAACCUGGGCACAAAAGAUGAAGAGCCCAUCAAAAGUAGUACACAAAAGACCAGAUACGAGUAGACCGGGAGAAGUAAUGAAUCUAGAAGAUUCCAUGGUAGAAUUAGUUAAGAAUGAUAAAGGAGAAUAUGAGAUCCACCAACCAAAACCUGGACAUAUGCCACAAUAUGUUUUGGAUAAACUGAAAAGGCUUUAUGGACAGAAGAAAGAAGAAGCACAGAAGUUAAGUGACCAGAAAAGAACAGAAGAUGAUGUACGAAAAAUAACUGAAGAUCUGUCUAAUGUUGAUUUAGAUUAAGAAAAAAAAGAUAACAAUUAAU